AUGCAAGUGGAAUCUCCAGAUUUGUUUAACUUGGCUGGCAAAAUUGAGGCUUCCAUAAAAAGACAAGGCAGGGAACUAUACUUUAGAAGAAAUUAUGAAGGGCAGUAUCAAAAAAAAUAUUCGAUAGCAGAAUUACUAAUUGUUGAACUAAACAAACUGAUACAGGUUCCUAUUCUGGAUGGAUCAGCAAGAGAAUGGGUGGAAGCAGUUGAAGAAGCUGGGCUGAAGGUAGCAUUAGAUCGUAAUGGUAAAAGCUGUGAGAAAUUAGCUCCUGUUCUUAGAGAACCUGUUACUGUAUGGAAAAAUGAUUCUUUUAUAGCUGCAUUCCCUUAUUCAACGGUCAAGAUCACCUAUGGCAUUGACUUUCCACAGGCACCUGAAAUUGGCUGUCAAUGGUUCUCUUCAACCUGUCUUGAUAAAGAUUUCUUCUCCAAAGAACUAGCUUCUGCAAGAACCUUUUGCAUUUAUGAGCAGGUUGAACAACUAUGCAAAUCAGGAGUUAUCAAGGGGGGUUCGGCAGAAAACGCCAUUGUUUGUAGUGAAAGUAGAGGCUGGCUGAAUCCACCGCUGCGUUUUAGUGAUGAACCUUGCAGGCACAAGGUUUUAGAUCUUAUAGGUGAUCUCUCUCUUUUGGCGCACGGUGGUAACCAAGGGCUUCCAGUGGCACAUAUUAUUGUUUAUAAGGGCGGACAUGCACUGCAUGCGGAUUUUGCUCGCUGCUUAUCAAGAAUCAACUGAGCCUGGUAUUGAUGGAAAUUUACUAGGCUUGGUGCUCAAGCUGUUGUUGUUGGUAGAAGCCUUUACUCUUUACGAGUCCCUUCUGGUCCAAAGGUCUUCAAGAAUGUGAUUGACUAUUUGCUAAACGUUGUCAAAGCGUAAGCUAAGUGUUAAAAAGUAGGAGCCAUGAGUUACUUGACCCAACUUUUGACAACAUUAUCACUUGGAUGGUAAUUGGUAAGACUCAAAAAGUAUUGUGAUCAAAUCUUUGGCCAAUGGAGUUACACCUGUUCGUUUUACCUAAACUUUUCAAUCAUUAA